AUGCAUUCUAGGCAGUACCUUCGAAUGGCAUGUCCUAAUGUCAAGGAGGAGGAGGAGGAGGAGGAGGAGGAGGAGGAGGAGGAGGAGAAGGAAGAGGAGGAGGAGGAGGAGGAGGAGGAAGAAGAAGAGGAGGAGGAGGAGGAGGAGGAGGAGGAAGAAGAGGAGGAGGAGGAGGAGGAAGAAGAAGAGGAAGAGAAGGAGGAGGAGGAGGAAGAGGAGAAGGAGGAGGAGGAGGAAGAAGAGGAGGAGGAGGAGGAGGAAGAAGAAGAGGAAGAGAAGGAGGAGGAGGAGGAAGAGGAAGAGAAGGAGGAGGAGGAAGAAGAGGAGGAGGAGGAGGAGGAGGAGGAGGAGGAAGAGGAGGAGGAGGAAGGAGAGGAGGAGGAGGAGGAGGAAGGAGAGGAAGAGGAGGAGGAGGAGGAAGGAGAGGAGGAGGAGGAGGAGGAAGGAGAGGAGGAGGAGGAGGAGGAAGGAGAGGAGGAGGAGGAGGAGGAAGGAGAGGAGGAGGAGGAGGAGGAAGGAGAGGAGGAGGAGGAGGAGGAAGAAGAGGAGGAGGAGGAGGAGGAAGAAGAGGAGGAGGAGGAGGAGGAAGGAGAGGAGGAGGAGGAGGAGGAAGAAGAGGAGGAGGAGGAGGAGGAAGAGAAAGAGGAAGAGGAAGAG